AUGUGAACAGUCUUUCACGCCCGAGUCAGAUGAGUGAAUGAGCACGGAAAUAUGUGCCGGACCAGAUUUCGACGGGAUGGGGUUGAGUGACGGACCGGGUAGGGUUAGGCGACGGACCGGCUUCUGGCGGGAGUGGUUUGAGUGUGGGACCGGAUCCCGAAUCUGAAUACAAUCGGAAGUUGAAGUGAGCCAUCACCAUGGCAAAUCUGGGUUCCAGCAGCCAAGCAGUGACCGAGUACACAGUCCGUGUUCCCAAGAACAACACCAAGAAACACAACAUCAUGGCGUUCAACGCUGCUGAUAAAAUCAACUUCUCCACAUGGACUCAGGCUAAAAUGGAGCGUGACCUAAGUAACAAGAAGAUUUAUCAGGAAGAGGAGCAGCCAGUGUUUGGUGCUGGCAGUGAGUUUGGCAAAAAACUGCGCGAGGAAUCAAGGAAGAAGAAGUUUGGGAUUGUUACACGAGAGUUUAAGGCAGAAGACCAGCCGUGGCUGCUGAGAGUUAAUGGGAAGGCAGGUCGGAAGUUUAAGGGUCAGAGGAAAGGUGGGGUUACUGAAAAUGCAUCCUACUACAUCUUCACGCAGUGUCCAGAUGGAGCAUUUGAAGCCUUUCCUGUUAAUGCCUGGUAUAAUUUUGUCCCAGUGGCGAAACACAAGACUCUGACUGCAGAGGAGGCAGAGGAGGAGUGGGGAAGGCGCAACAAGGUGGUGAAUCACUUCAGCAUCAUGUUGCAGAAGAGGUUGAAGGAGCAGGACCGAGAGGAAGGGGAAGAGGAGGAGGAGAAGGUGAAGAAAGGCAAAGAGAAAAAGAAAAAAGGAAAUGACCUGCGAAUCCAUGAACUGGAAGACGAUCUGGAAAUGAGCUCGGACGAGAGUGAUGGGGAGAGUGGCAGUGAUAGUGAUACCAAAAAAGACGCAAAGGCCAAGAAGAAAGGGAAAGCUGUGUCGAAGAAAAAGAAGAAGAAAGGCUCGGACGAUGAAGCAUUUGAGGACAGCGAUGACGGUGAUUUCGAGGGUCAGGAGGUGGAUUAUAUCUCCGACGAUGAUUCCAGCGAUAAUAAUGAAGUGGAGACGGAAAAGGCGAAGCCCAAUAAAGAAGAGGAUGGGCCAAAAGGAAUUGAUGAAGAUUCAGAGAGCAGUGAGGAGAGUGAAGAGGAGAAGCCCACAGAAGAGAAAGAGGAGGAUGACGAUGAGAAGAAAUCCACCGGCCCUGAGAGGAAAGAAAAGAAGAAGAAAGACAGCAGUGAGGAGUCUGAAUCGUCGGAUGAAAGUGAUAUCGAGUCAGAAGCUGCCUCGGCGCUCUUCAUGCUGAAAAAGAAAACUCCUCCAAAGAAAGACUGGAGAGGUUCGAAUAACAGUUCACGCGGGAAUAGUCGCCCAGGCACACCCACAGCACAAAUCAGCACCUCGAAUACUCUGAGAGCAGCAGCCAGCAAACUGGAACAAGGGAAACGCCAAGCCGGAUCCGCGGAAACUCCCGUGGCCAAACGGCUGAAAAUGGAUGCCGGAGCGCAGUCAGCCUCUGGAAAAUCCACACCUCAACCGCAGUCUGGCAAAUCCACCCCGAGCAGCAGUGAUAUCCAGCUGACAGAAGAGGCUGUACGUCGUUACCUCACCCGGAAACCUAUGACCACCAAGGACCUGCUGAAGAAGUUCCAGACCAAGAAGACCGGGUUAAGCAGUGAACAGACUGUCAAUGUGCUGGCACAGAUCCUGAAAAAACUCAACCCUGAGCGCAAGAUGAUCAACGAUAAGAUGCACUUCUUCCUGAAGGAAGUCAACUGAGGGCUUGGCCAGUGUGUGUAUGUAGCUUUCUGACUCCUUUCUGUUUAAGGGAUGAUCCCAGCAGUCUGUCGCUUUACAUAAUUGUGGUUAAUGUAUUCUCCUUUUGCCCUCCUGGCCUGGCUUAUGGGGUGAGCUGGAGGGCUUUACCCAAAGUGAGUUUGAGAUGCAACUGACCCAGAUGGGGCUGGGGUGUGGGUCUCAGUCACCGGGGUGUGAGAGAUGGAAGGGUGUCCCAGAGGUGCAGGAGGCAGUUGUCUCCAGGCUGAAGAGAGAACUGCCUCCAGUUAUCGGAGCUGUGACUGCCUCUCCCAACUUUUAGCGGGAAUGCCACGGGGGGGCCCUGGAUUCACUGGAAGGACUCUAUUCCUGAAUAGGACCAAUCCACAUCCAGGUUGGGACCAAGAUACUUAACUUGAAAAUAAUGCUGUUUGCAAGCGCAUUUAAGCUUGCAGGUAGAGUGGCCACUGACUCUUUAAAUUGUAGAAUUGACCACAAAAAAUUCCCUUCUCCCUCGCCCCACUCAGCACCUUCCCUCCUGCUCCAUAAUCACUGCGAGACCACAGAGGUGAUCACAGUCAGAGGGAGUUGCUCAAAUGAAGGAACCAGGACUGAGAGCAGGAUAUGUGACAGCUCAGACUGAUGUCCGGGCAAGGGACAGGGCAUGACAGGACUGACCCAGGGACGUUCUUGUGACUGGGAUUGGGCUGCUUUCUGAAGCCAGCACUAGGAGUGGGGGCUAACUGUAGCACAAGAUUCAAGUGUUCCCCAGUGAUGCUUUUGUCAGCAUCUGCCUUGCUUUUUGACUCUGGAAUGACAUGGUUUGUAAUGUUCAGUUUGUUCCUGAGGCAGGUCCCACCCUCUAAUAAAAAUGGCCAAUGGUUUUCA